CACUCUGUCAGCCUCUUUAAUAAAACACAUCUUCAGCACUUCUGCACAUUCAUUCUACCUGUGAAGAGAGGUCAAUCAGGUGUGCACACAUGGCAACCAAUACGGGACAAAUGGGCUACCUGCCUCGCGGAGGGGCCAUAUUCUGCACCAUACCUGACAUUCUCUACCUUCCAGAGCUUGUCUUUGGUGGUCUGGUGUUGAGCCUGGUUGCAUCUACAUUAAUCGAUCCUACGUUCGCCAAUCCCCAGGCAUACGUGAUCUCUGUGGCAAUCUUCUGUUUCAUCAUUACAUUCCUCUGGUUGCUGGUCUUUGCCUGUGGGUGUCAUGAAAACAGAAGCUCUUGGGCAAGCGCGGAUGUAGCAUACCAUGGAUUUGCAGCGCUGCUCUAUCUCAGUGCUUCUGUGCUUCUAGCUUUUGUAACCAUUAUUUUCAGUCAAGAAUCUUUAAAAGACACACUUACUUACAAGCUGGACAUAGCUGCUGUGGUGUUUUCCUUUUUCACCACUUUGCUGUAUGUCAUCCACACCGUUUUCUCAGCCAUCAGAUGGAAAUCCUUCUGAAACGUCUGCCCUCAACCCGCUUUACUCAUCUGACAUCACUUAUAAUUGUUGAACUGAUGUUUACACAAACAAAUGGUAUUUACUGUAUCAUUUAGUGCAUCAAUAAUAAUUCAUGUGAUAAUAGAUAGACUUUCCCGUCUUUUCAUGUUCUCCUAUAAAUGUAUUUUUUAAAACCACCUUUUGCUAAUUUCUUUUUGUAAACUAUUCUUACCUCAGGUAUAAAUUAUUGUA